AUGCGGGCGCGGGACCUGCGCAGCAGCAGCAGCAGAGAGCUGCUGUGCUGCAUGCGGACUCUGAAGAUGUAUGGGUGGGAAGCAGCAUUUGGGGGGAAGAUAGAGCAGCAGCGGGAAGCAGAGCUGCAGCAGCUGCUGCAGUACUGGCAGCUGCAGGUGUGGGGCCGCUGCCAGUGGCUGGGGGCCCCCGUGCUGGUGGCCGUGGCCUCCUUCGGGGCCCUGCUGCUGCUGCGGGGGCCCCCCGACCCCCCCACAGCUUUCACAGCUUUGGCUCUUUUUAAUCUUUUGAAGUUUCCUCUCCAAGUGCUGCCACAAACAGCAAACAACACCAUCGAAGCUGCUGUUGCUCUCGAGCGCAUCCAGGGCUUUUUGCUGCUGCCCGAGGCCGACGGACUCGCGGCGCUGCGCCGCCCCCAGCAGCCGCAGUCGAGAAGUUGCCGGCUUUUGUUGAUUCCCAAGAGUUGCAUUUUGUUCCAAGUCCCCUGGAUUCAAAACGCGACUCUUCGCGAAAACAUUCUUUUCGGACUUCCCUACGACCACGACUGGUACUGGGAGGUGGUGGAGGCGUGCGCGCUGCGGGGCGACCUGGAAAGCCUCCCGGGAGGCGACUUGGCGGAGAUCGGAGAAAAAGGAAUUAAUUUGUCUGGAGGGCAAAAGCAGAGAGUGGCGCUGGCCCGCGGGGUGUACAGACACUGCAGGGUGUAUCUGCUCGACGACUGCCUGUCCGCGGUGGACCCUUUCGUGGCACAUCACAUCUUUUCUUUUUGCUUUUUGAAACUCCUCAAACGCAAGACGGUGCUCUUCGCGACCCACCGGCUCGCGCUGCUGCCGCGCUGCAGCAAACUGCUUUUCCUCAGGGGCGGCCGCCAGCGCUUCUUCGGACGCCCCGACGUAAACCCUUUUUUAGGGGUUUUGCGGGUGGGCACGGAGGCAGGGACGCCGCAGCGGGGUGGGAACGCGGAAGAGCGUUUAGAAGGCUUUGGGAGGCUUCAGGGACGCGUGGGCAUUGCCGGCCUUCAGCACCUUUGCUGA